AUGAUAUGUGUUCAAGGAUUGAAUUUAUGGCGAAAUAAAUCCAUAGAGGUCAACGAUGAGAUCUUCAAGGGCUAUCGGCAAGGAAGUCACGAGGUCGUGACAGCAUACGAUCUCUUGGACACGGAUAGGAACAACUUCAAUGUGACUAUUUGGUAUAACUAUACAAGCAAGAUCGAUGUACAAGAUAGGCGUGUAAAGUUUAUCCGAGUUCCUCGCUCAGUCAAUUUGGUUUCGAAUGCUUGUCUUCAACUUUUGCAAGGCCCAGGGACACAUAUGUUAUUCGAUUUUGUGAAAGAAAUGCCUAAACAAGAAACUAGGCUUCGCAUGGACAUGGCAUCUCUCAUUGGCCCCAUUUUCUUCACAUGGGCUAUUCUUCUUUUGUUCCCUAAUACCGAGAUUACUAGGGCUUGUGAAUAUCUGUUGAUUCUAAGAAUAUCCAGUAAACUAGGAUUUCAGUCUCAUCUUCACUCAUGUGAUCUUGACCUCAUUGGUCUACGAGAAGCAGAUGCGUCUAAGGAUCAUAAUGAAAAUGCAUGGACUAGGCGUUCUUCAUGCGAGAUCGAGUCACGAUGUUGGGAGGUCGGUCGAGCUGCCCUUGAGAUGCUCGGGUGUUCAGUAGGUGCCCGGAUGGUGAGGUUGGCUAAUCUUUCGGUCGUCUCCGCUCGCGCCUACCGUCCGGGGGUUGGCGAUGAGCUCCUUUGA